CUGCUGGUAAAAAGAAACUUUACUGCAUUUUAUUUCAUGAGAUAGAAUUACGACCUGAGACAAACAUUUGAUUAACACAUUUAUUAUAAUCAUUGCUUUACUCAUUUUUUUUGGGUUGAAUACUUGAGACGCGAAAGGGAAAGGGAAAGAGGAAUCGGCGAAGAAAAGAACUGAAGAAAAGAGGACAGCGUCAUGCUCAGUCUACUGCGCCCCCUACUGGCCAUCUGCUUGUACCUGCUGCUGCUGCCCGGCGGUCAGGGCAGGAUCCCCGUUUACAACAAUGGCUUUCACUACCAGGACAUCAGCAACGGCAACGGCAACGGAGAGAUCUAUUUCAACGGGAUUCGUCUCCACGUGGAAUCCCAGCAGCCUUCAGUGUCAGCCACCAGGGGGAGCAGUGUCACCCUUCCCUGUCACUACCACUAUGAGCCUGAGCUCACCACACCCCGCAGGACCCGGGUCAAAUGGUCCUGGAUGCCAGCCAACACCAUCACUGAACUUGCUUCUUCAGAAUCCUUCACCAAGGAAACUGAGGUUAUGGUCGCCAUGGGCAACCGUCACCGCAGCUACGGCAGCUUCCGGGGCCGUGUGCGCCUGAGGCGCUCAGCGCCAGGGGACUUGUCUCUAGUGAUCAAUGAGCUGCAGCUCAACGACACAGGGAGGUAUCGCUGUGAGGUGAUUGACGGCCUGGAGGACGAGAGUGUGACUGUGGAGCUGGAGCUGCGAGGCGUGGUGUUCCCCUACUACUCUCAGAAAGGACGCUACCAUUUUAACUUCUUUGAGGCCCAACAAGCGUGCCAGGAUCAGGACGCCGCUCUGGCUACAUUUGAGCAGCUCUUCGCAGCGUGGGAGGAGGGACUAGACUGGUGUAAUGCCGGCUGGUUGGCUGAUGGCACAGUUCAGUAUCCAAUCACAGUCUCACGUGAUGGCUGUGGAGGCGUGGACUUAGCUCCUGGUUUGCGUAGCUACGGGCAACGACAUCGCAUCCUCCACAGCUAUGACGCUUUCUGUUUCUCAGCCUCUGUCAAGGGAAAUGUUUACUUCUUAAAGCAGCCGACCAAACUCAACUUCACAGAGGCAGUCCAGGCUUGUGCCAGCGACGGAAGUCAAAUUGCCAAAGUGGGCCAGCUGUUUGCCGCCUGGAGGCUGAUGGGUAUGGACCGCUGUGAUGCCGGCUGGUUGGCUGAUGGGAGUGUGCGUUAUCCUAUCACAAGAGCCCGGGCUAACUGUGGCCCGUCUGAACCAGGGGUUCGUAGCUUUGGGUUCCCUCCUCCGUACCUAAAGUUUGGUGUCUACUGUUAUCGGUAGACGCUCUGACUCAACACGAGACAAAAACAAACCAUUGUAACAGCACACUGGUUCAAAGCUCUGCUUGUGAGGUUAGCGUUAGCUGUAGCCUGGAUGCAAACUAGCAGUUAGGCAAUUUGUUCAUUUCUGAGCUAUUUCAAAGAGAGACCAUUUGGGGUUAAUCACCCUCCACCUCCGUAAGACUGUAACUCAUGUCUCAGUAUUGAACUUUACUACUAGUCAACAGCUGUUUUUGCACUUGUACUUAGACAUGUCUACACUAUAUGGCCAGAAGUAGGUGGACACUGCAAAAUGACACCCAUGUGUCACACCUCAUUCCCAAACCAGAGGGCAUUAACAUGCUGCUAUAACAGCCUCCACUCAUCUGGGAAGUCUCUCUACAAGGUUUUGGAUCCUGGCUGCAGAGAUUUUCUCACUCCAACCACAAAAGCAUUGCUGAGGUCAGCGUCUGAUGUUGGGUGAUUAGGCUUGGCUCACAGUUGAUAUUCCAGUUCAUCCAAAAGGUGUUGAAUGAGGUUGUGGUGGGGGCUCUCUGUGCACGCCAGUCCAGUUCUUUCUCAAGGAAAAAAAUGGCAAAACCAUUCUUUAUAGAGCUUUUCACAAAGAGGGCAUUGUCAUACGGAAGCAGGAGAGGAUCUUCCCCAAACCUUUGCCAUAAAGGUUGAAGCACUCCACUGUCUAAAAUAUAUGUUUUGUUGUAGCAUGAAGGUUAUGCUUAAUUCAAUCUAAGGGGCCUAAUCCUGGCAAUAGAAAACAGCCCCAAACAACAGGUACACAUAAGUAUAUAGACAGGGAUGUCCACAUACUAUUGGCCAUAUAGUGUAUAAUGUCCUGACCACAACAGAACAACAUGCAGAAGCAUCUUCCCAUGGUUUGUUCCUGCCUUCAGUGAAUUUGGCUACAGAUCAAAUCAAAUGUUGAUUUAGAUUUUUGUUGCAGCUAUUUUGAAAUCUGACUGAAAAGCUUUGACUUUGAUCCACCACCAGCACUGACUUCAAUUCACAGAUGAUUCUUUUCACACUCAAAAAAACCCCGAACAACUUAUCAUAUUAAAAAAUAAUUCAUUGCUCUCCAACCACAUCUCAGUCCUUCACCUACCCUGUAUUUAUUCAACAAAAACGUUUACUUUGCCUUUUCCAGCAGCGGCCCCGAGAACGGUCAAACAUUAACAAAUGUUUAAACAUCCAGUGUUUGGAGCUUCAGAUUAAAACCACAGACUUUUGGGUUAAGUGCCUUGGUAAAGGGCAUCUUGAUGGUUGAGGGAGUGGAGAGUGUUUCUCAUUAUUUUCAUGUCAGAUUUUUCUCCUUGGUCCAUGACUGCACACUCACUAACUGUAGUUUACGGCCAACACAUACUCUUCCUGUCUCUCUAACACUGUGAAAAAUCCUGUUGAGUCUUUGUCCGUCUCCUGAAAUGUUUGUGUAUCCCUCUUUAUAAAGUAUAAUGCAUCUCUUUUUCAUUUUUCUAGGGGUGAUUAAGAGUAGUACUCUGUGAUGGAGAAAGCAGAAGUUAUGAGUGAUUCUCUGUAUUGUGUUAAUAUUUAAACUACCUUGUUUACAUCCAUUGUGGAAGAAGAAACAGCGUGUCAUCACACGUACCUUUUUUUGUUUUUCAUUAUAUAUGUCCACACAUUUGUACUAUUUUCUACAAAUUAAU